AAAACGACAACCCUCACCGUCGACAACAAUGGCGUCUCGUCCUACCGUCUCUAUCGCCACGGCUGAUGGCAAGCCCAGCGGGGCUACCACCCCCCUGCCCGCUGUUUUCUCUGCGCCCAUCCGUCCUGAUAUCGUCCAGCAGGUUCACACCGGUAUGGCCAAGAACAAGAGACAGCCUUAUGCCGUGAGCGAGAAGGCUGGUGAACAGACUUCCGCUGAGUCCUGGGGUACCGGCCGUGCUGUCGCUCGUAUCCCCCGUGUCUCUGGUGGUGGUACUCACCGUGCUGGUCAGGCUGCUUUCGGUAACCAGUGCCGCUCUGGUCGCAUGUUCGCGCCCACCAAGGUGUGGAGGAAGUGGCACCAGAAGGUCAACGUUGGCCAGAGACGUUUCGCUACCGCCUCUGCCCUCGCUGCUUCUUCCGUCCCCUCUCUCCUCUUCGCCCGCGGUCACCGCAUCGGCAACGUUGCUGAGGUUCCUCUCGUCGUUGACUCCAAGACCUUCGAGGGUGCCGCCGUCACCAAGACCAAGGCUGCCGUUGCUCUCCUGCAGGCUCUCGGAGCCGGCGCUGAGCUCGUCAAGGUCUCCAAGUCCCGCAAGAUGCGUGCCGGUAAGGGUAAGCUGAGGAGCCGCCGCUUCCGCCAGCGCCGCGGCCCUCUGGUCGUCUACAACCCCGAGGUUGACGGCAAGGAGCUCGUCCGUGCUUUCCGCAACAUCCCCGGUGUUGAGACUUCCUCCGUCUUCUCGCUCAACCUCCUCCAGCUCGCCCCCGGUGGUCACCUUGGCCGCUUCAUCGUCUGGACCUCCUCCGCUUUCCAGGCCCUUGACCAGGUCUACGGCACCACCACCUCUCCUUCUGCCCUGAAGAAGGACUUCCUCCUGCCCUCCAACCUCGUCGCUAACUCCGACCUGACCCGUCUCAUCAACUCUUCUGAAAUCCAGUCCGUCCUCCGUGCUCCCAAGGGUGAGGCCCGCACCAAGCGCGGCAACGUCCAGAAGAAGAACCCUCUCCGCAACAAGCAGGUUAUGCUCCGCCUCAACCCCUACGCUGCUGCUUUCUCCAAGGAGAAGCUCGGCCAGAAGGCUGUUGAGGGCAGCAAGCCCGAGGCUGUCUCUGCUGCUUUCAUCAACACCCUCCAGGACGAGUAGAUGCGUUUUCUCUCUGAACCUGGGGUUUCUUUGUUCUUUUGUUUCCGUCUAGUUGAAGGGCUUUGGUUUUAAAAAAGGUAGCCAACAGCAAAUAAAUGGGAUUUGCAUUACCAUACCCACGUUUAUA